CCCUCAAAGAACCACGCACUUUCUCUUCUCUUUUUCCCUCUCCUGUCUGCCUUGCCCGGUGCACUGCCUUCUUACCAAGAUGCCGCAUUAUCCGACUAUUACCCUUUUCCAGUAUGGCGCCGGAGUGACCGACAGUCAUCUGAAUGAUUGAGACAUUGAGACCUUGUUACUGUCGCUUCAUUGGAAAUUGACCUAUCCACAUCACCCCCUAAUGCUGUGCUGCUGCUUAUGUUUGCAGUUAUGGGCCCCUUCAUGCGUGGUUCGCCAGCUGAUCAGCGACUUUUGAGUUUUUGGCUGUUGCUUCUGGCCAUGCCAUCCUAUUUGAGCUUUCCUUUGAGGACUUCUGGAUGCUCAGCUGCCUUGCUAUGGUCUUUUAUCUCAAAAUCCCAUUAUUUCUUCUUCAGCCAGGCUCCCAGUUCUCUGCAUGGAAAAGGGAAUUUCCUGGUUAUCCGGCAUCCAGGUCUGUCUGAGAACUGGAUGGUGCCUCUCCCCCUCCACAGCCGUCUUUCGACCCCACAAAGAUCAAUUAAUUUACGUAUCCUCGCCAUGUUUACCAGCCAAUGGCGAAAUUACUGCAUCCUUUCUAAUUCAGCGUGUUUGACAUGCGAGGUUUGGAGAUGCAACACCCAGAUGCGAUUGGCGCAGGGCACUGGAUCUCGGCCUCCAGGCGUCACUAGUAGAUGAAAAUAGACACGUCAGCAGAUGAGAUUUUCAGGACGAGAGAAAUUCGCCUCAUUGCUUCUGCUGAUGAGAAAGGUGGAAUGGUGGACUUGG